GCUUCUUAGAUAACUGGUUCGGAUUAACCCCUCAAUGUCGCACUUGCAUGUGGUAUCAGUGGUUAUCUCAUCAGCCGCUGCAAAAAUGUCGCAUGGCAGGUGCAGUGCCGCAUCGGCAUGGUUGACAGGUGAAGCAAUGUUACCCCAGGUAUAAAGAGCAACACAGCACAAUGCGCUUUUACAUGGGGCUUUCCAUUCGGCGCUGGCUCAACUGUGUCUCUACCGUCUGUCUUUCUGCGAGAACUUCCACUCCCUCUAUUCAAGAUGGCAAAUAAGCAGAUCAGCUCACCCAAGGCGGAGGCAGCCCGCCUGCGCUGGCAGGAGGUAGACGAAGAGACCGGUCUUCAGCCCAGGAAACCACUUCCCGAGCUCUCGAGAACCAUGUCAGCUAUGUCCAACAACUCUCAGCUGUCUGCGCGCAGUCGCACUAGGAGAGCGACCGUGGACCCUUCUCUUUCUCUGCCAAUCCAUUAUCGCACAGUCUCUUUCGACAUAGACGAAGCAAGAGAGACUCAGCGCGUUGAGGCUGCCAAAGCGAAAGACAACGUCGCGACAGACCUUUCAAACCUCGACUGGCACCAAAUCACCUCCGAAGAGCUACAGAAACGAUGGAAGGUCGAUAUCUCACAAGGCCUUUCAAACGAUCAAGUCCAACAACGCGUUCAGGAAUAUGGAAAAAACGCUCUCUCCCCGUUGCCGCAUCAGUGGUUCUGGCAAAUAUUCGGCUACUUCUUCAAAGGUUUCGGGGCUAUCCUUUUGAUAGGCAGCGUUCUGGUCUUUAUUUCCUGGAAACCUCUUGGACAACCUCCAUCGAUAGCUAAUCUUGCCUUGGCUAUCGUCCUGCUUGCGGUGUUCUUCAUCCAAGCUGGGUUCAAUGCGUGGCAGGAUUGGUCUUCGUCGCGAGUUAUGGCCUCGAUCACCGCUAUGUUGCCGGAAAGUUGUCUGGUUCUCCGCGACAGUUCACUGACCGUUGUCUCUGGGCCGGACAUUGUCCCUGGUGAUGUGGUACAUCUUACGGCUGGAACCAAGCUGCCUGCUGAUCUGCGAUUGGUUGAAGUCUCGACUGAUGCGAGCUUCGACCGUUCGAUUCUGACCGGUGAAUCUGCCCCGAUCAGUGGAACGGUUGAUUCGACGGAUGACAACUACCUCGAGACACACUGUAUUGGGCUUCAGGGUACACACUGCGUAGCCGGGAGUGCCGUUGGUGUGGUCGUCUCCACUGGUGACUCGACCGUUUUUGGUCGAAUUGCCAAGCUGACGAGUGAGCCCAAGAAAGGCUUGACAACUUUGGAAAAGGAAGUGUUGCGCUUCGUGACUUUCAUUGUCGGAAUCAUGCUAGCAAUGAUCAUCCUUGUCGUUGGCGUCUGGGCUGGUUGGCUUCGAAAAGAACACCCCGACUGGAUCAACGUUCCAACCCUUAUUGUCGACUGCGUUAGUGUUGCUAUCGCAUUCAUCCCUGAAGGGCUUCCAAUUGCGCUCACUGCGAACCUAACAAUCACGGCCAACCUCAUGAGCAAGAACAAAAUUCUGUGCAAGUCUCUGAAGACAGUAGAAACCUUGGGUGCUGUGUCUGUGAUAUGCUCGGACAAAACUGGGACACUUACGAGGAACAAAAUGUUUGUUACUGAAUGUGCCAUCUCGACGACUUGUUUCAGUCCAGAUUCAGCAAGAGACGAAAUGGUCCGGAAGGGCAAGAAGAGCGGAGUACACCAACUGCGGGCAAUGGCCGGUCUCUGCAAUGCAGCGGAAUUCGAUGCCGCUUCUAUGCAGCUCCCGCUCCACGAGAGGGAGGUCCACGGCAAUGCUACUGAUCAAGCUGUCCUUAGGUUCUCUGAAGGGCUUGGAUCGGUGACCAAAUUGCGGCAAACUUGGAAAAGGACCUAUGAGUUGGCCUUCAAUAGUAAGAAUAAGUUCAUGGUGCGGACAUUUGCCCUUGCCGAGUCUGAUGGACUCGGGCUCGCAAUGUCUGCCGCAGAAUCUGCUCAAUUCAAACGCAACGAUAUUCUUUUUACGAUCAAGGGCGCGCCUGACAUUCUCAUUGAUCGCUGCUCGCAGUACAUUGACCUCGAUGGCACCGUACAGCCACUGGAAGCACGGAUGCUGGCUCGGAUGAAAGAAGUCAAGGAUCAGUGGUCUGCAGAAGGGAAGCGCGUCAUUUUACUUGCUCGCAAGUGUCUCCCUUCGUCCGAGAUCAUGUUCCAGCCAACCUCACACGAGUUUGAAACCGAGAUGCUGAGUCAAACGAAGACUGGUUUGAUUCUGGUGGGGAUGGUUGGCAUUAUCGACCCUCCACGAGAAGAGAUUCCGGACGUUAUCAGUACGCUGCGACGCGCCGGAAUUCGGAUCUUCAUGGUGACCGGUGACUUUGGCCUCACAGCCUUAGCUAUCGCACGUCAAUGCGGCAUCAUUAGCACACACGGAGUAGUGGAUGAUAUCUCUGCUCUUAAGAGAUCAGUAACUUCCGAAAAGGUUUCUAGCCCUCUUACAGCGUCAGCGAUCACCAUCAGUGGAGCCGACCUUAUGAGCCUCAAUGAUCACCAAUGGGAACAGCUGUGUCGAUACCAAGAAAUUGUCUUCUGGCGAACCACUCCCGAGCAGAAACUGCGCAUCGUUCGCGAGUUCCGCGCAAGAGAUGAGAUUGUUGGUAUGACUGGCGACGGUGUCAAUGAUGCGCCUUCUCUCAAGGCUGCUGAUAUAGGCAUCGCCUUGGGCAGUGGCUCUGACAUCGCCAUCGAGGCCUCUGACAUGGUCCUCCUGGAGUCCUUCUCCGCCAUUGUCGAGGCAGUACAAUAUGGACGUGUUGUUUUCGACAACCUGAAAAAGACCAUCGUCUACCUUCUUCCGGCAGGCUCAUUCUCGGAAUUUUGGCCGGUAUUCUGCAACGUCGUCUUUGGGCUUCCCCAGGUGCUCUCAUCCUUCCUGAUGAUCAUUAUCUGCUGCUUCACAGACUGCGCCGCCGCCACAGUCCUUGCCUACGAGAAACCCGAAGCAGACGUCCUCCUCCGUCCCCCACGCAAACCCAAGCAGAACCGUCUCGUGAAUUGGAAACUCAUCUUUCACGCCUAUGGCGUCCUUGGUAUCAUUGAGACCGUCUGCUCUUUUGCCAUGGCCUUUUGGUACCUGGAGCGCAACGGCGUGCCCUUCUCCGUCCUCUGGUUCAAAUUCGGCGACUACCCAUCCUCCAUUGAUUCGGACUGGCUUACAGCUCGUCUGAACGAGGCCAGCUCCGUAUACUUCAUCAACCUUGUCGUCAUGCAAUGGUUCAACCUCAUGGCCGUCCGCACCCGCCGCCUCUCCAUCUUUUCCCACCCGCCAGCAUACAACAAGAACACUCAGAACCUACUUUUGUUCCCUGCCAUCCUCUUCGCUUUCUGCAUGGCCAUCUUCUGGCUCUAUAUCCCCCCGCUGCAGACGGUCCUAGAUACCACCAGUGUCCCUGCAAUCCAUUACUUUCUGCCUGCGGCUUUUGGCGUGGGUAUCUUGGUGCUCGACGAGUUGCGAAAGGCAGGGGUGCGGCGGUGGCCUGAUGGGGUUCUGGCGAAGUGUGCGUGGUAGACAUGCCUGUGUUCCGCUGAGGUGGAUAGAAGGGAAGAGUGGUAGAGAUGAGAUUACCCUCAAUUUCUCCAGGUUUGGGCUAGUUCGAAGGCAUCUUGCUGCAGAUGGUAGGUGGGUGGAUCUUGUCGGGUAGGCUUGCAUUCUUUCGUUUCCGUUGUACAUAUGAUAUACUAUACGACAUUCCAUGGAUAUUAU